UAGUCUCACAAAAUAAAAUAAAAAUAGUACACAUAGCAGCCGAUACGGCACUCGAAUCAAACAUACACGUACAAGUUCCAUAUAAAUUUGUUGAAUGACUACUAUGUGUAGAUCGCAAUUAAUGGGAUAGAUAACGAAGGUAGAGAACAAAAUUAUCAAUAAAUGGUGGGUAGUGUGAAGAUGAUCGGAGUGGUAGGUGGUGGGCAGAUGGGAUCAGGAAUAGCCCAACUGGCCGCCAUGUACGGCUUCGACGUUUGUCUUCUAGAUCUUAACUCUCAAGCUCUUUCAACUGCCUCCUCUUCCAUCUCUUCUUCCAUCAACCGUCUUGUUUCCAAAUCCCACAUCUCCCAGGCUACAGCUUCUGACGCUUUCAAACGACUUCGUUUUACCACUAAUUUAAAUGACCUCUCUGUUGCUGAUUUUGUUAUUGAAGCUGUUGUAGAAUCUGAAGUGGUUAAAAAAACUUUGUUUGUUCAAUUAGAUAAGAUUGCUAAGACUUCUGCCAUUUUGGCUUCUAAUACUAGUUCUAUCUCCAUCACUCGUUUAGCGUCUUCUACCACAAGGCCACAACAGGUGAUAGGAAUGCAUUUUAUGAAUCCGCCGCCUGUGAUGAAAUUGAUUGAGAUUGUGCGAGGUGCCGACACUUCUGAUGAGACAUUUGCUGCCACAAAAGCACUCUCACAGAGGCUCGGCAAGACAGUAAUAACCUCCCAGGACUAUUCAGGCUUCAUAGUGAACAGAAUCCUUAUGCCUAUGAUAAAUGAAGCAUUUUAUGCUCUGUAUACCCAUGUUGCAACCAAAGAGGAUAUCGAUACAGGAAUGAAGUUGGGUACUAACCAUCCAAUGGGCCCGUUAGAACUUGCAGACUUCAUUGGGUUGGAUGUAUGCCUGUCUAUAAUGAAAGUUCUUCAUGCUGGCCUUGGGGAAAAUAAGUAUGCGCCCUGCCCUCUACUUGUGCAGUACGUCGAUGCUGGUAGACUUGGAAAAAAACGAGGUAUUGGCGUGUAUGACUAUAGUAAAGAGCCAAGAUCUAUAAAAUCAUCUUCUCGUCUCUAAAAUGUUUGGUUUCCUUGGAAGAAUAAGUUGUCCGCAUUUGUACCUUGUGAUCUCCCUUUUACUCUACAUUUGUUUUAUUAUAUCUUGUCACUUCUGUUUUGUGUCAGACUUGCUACCGAAAGCUUCAGGUCGCAUGUAUAAUAGUUUUAAUAGCAACCCAAGAACAAAAAUAUCUACACGAACAAGUUAAUCAUUGUUAAUUUGUUACUGUAUUGUUUGUAUGUGUAUUUGUCUCUCAUUUUGAACCUAUAUUGCCUUUUUCAGUACAGAUAAAA